AUGGACAAGUUGCCACAAUCCACAACUGACGUUGAGGCCAGGUCCUCGGAGCCUACCAAAUCAGACAAGAGCACGGCUCCUGUAACCGGCAUCCGGCUCUAUGUCUUGCUGCUCAGUCUGACCCUCGCAUCUCUCCUGGUCUUUCUCGACACCUCUGUCGUCUCCACAGCAGUACCCAAGAUCACGGACGAAUUCCACUCCCUUCCUGAUGUCGGCUGGUACGGCAGUGCGUAUCAGCUCGGAAGCUCGGUGUUCGGCCCACUGUCGGGGACAAUCUUGCGUCACUUCAGCCUCAAAUGGUGCUAUAUCACCUUCUUCGCCGUGUUCGAGCUGGGCUCGGCCCUGUGCGGCGCCGCGCAAUCCUCGGCCAUGCUGAUCAUCGGCCGCGCCGUCGCAGGCGUCGGGGCCGCCGGCAUCAUGAGCAGCGCCAUGACGGUCCUGUCGGCGACGGUGCCCCUCGAGAAGCGGCCCGCCACGCUGGGAAUGCUCAUGGGCAUCGCCCAGCUGGGGUCCAUCUGCGGGCCCCUCGUCGGGGGCGCCUUCACGACAGGCUACACCUGGCGAUGGUGCUUCUACAUCAACCUCCCGUUCGCGGCUCUGGUGGCCGUGCCCCUGCUCCUCCUGCACAUCCCGGACCAGCACCCCAAGCAGCCGGCCGCCUCGGUCCUCCCGCACCUGCACCGGCACCUCGACCUGGUCGGCUUCGCGCUGUUCGCGCCCGCCACCAUCCAGCUCCUGCUGGCGCUGCAGUACGGCGGCAACCAGUUCGCGUGGAAUUCGUCGCAGGUGAUCGGCCUGUUCUGCGGCGCCGGCGCGACCCUGAUUGUGUGGGCGGCCUGGAACCGCCGCCGCGGCGACGACGCCGCCCUGAUCCCCUUCUCUGUCGUCGGGCGCAUGCCCAUCUGGGCCAGCGGCGUCAACUACGCCUUCACCAUGGCCACCCUCUUCGGCACCACGUAUUUCCUUCCGAUCUAUUUCCAGGCCGUCAAGGGCGCCAGCGCCGUCAUGAGCGGCGUCGACCUCCUCGCCGUCGUCCUACCCCAGAUGCUGGCGGCCGUCGUGGGGGGUGCGUUGGUAAACAAGGUCGGCCGCGUGCCUCCGUUUGCGCUCGUCGGAGCGGUGCUGAGCACCGUCGGCAGCGGCCUGUUCUCCACGCUGUCGCCCACGUCGUCGACGGGCGACUGGGUCGGGCAUUCCAUCCUUGUCGGGCUUGGCCGGGGCGUGGCUCUGCAGAUGCCGCUCGUGGCUAUCCAGGCGGUCGUCUCGCCGCAGGAGAUGUCGCAGGCCAUGGCCUUCGCCGUGUGGUGCCAGUACAUGGGUCCCACCAUCUUCAUUGCCCUGUACAACGCCAUCUUCGAUACCACGCUGCGACGAGAGCUAUCCUUUAUUGCAUCGGCUCUUAACCCGGAACUCGUCAUCGCGGCUGGCGCCACUGGCUUCCGCAGUGUCGUGCCGACUCAGUACGUCCCCGCUGUGAUCCAGGCAUUCGCCACGAGCCUGGAUCAUACCUUCUAUCUCCAGGCUGGAGCCGGCUUCGUCGCCUUUUGCGCCGCCUUCGGCAUGGGUUGGCAGAAGCUGCGAUCUAAGUCCAAUGAGUCGCCGGUCUCGUCCGAUCAGCCGGGGGUCUCGCAAUCGGAGACAGAGGACCAAAAAGGGGCUGUGGCUGGCGAAGGACAAACACGGAGUGGUCAGUGA